UUCAAAAGGUGUAAAAAUUGGUCAAAAUCGAUGAAAACCAKGGGCUAUAGUCGAUGCUUUUGGGCCAAAAAUAACCCAAAAUUACUUAUUUUGUCUCCCUUAUAUUAAUUAAAAAAAAUUUGCGAAAUUGUGAAAAUUGACUGAAAUUGAUUGAAACCAUGGGCUACAGUCCAUGAAUUUUUGCUAAAAAUGGAUGUAAGUGGCCUAGUUUGCGUCGCAAUAAAGUAAUUGGAUGCAUCACGCAUAACGUCCGAAUCAUUUUUGGACCCAGAGGACCAUGCGAACCUUGRCGCUUAUCUUAAAUACCCCAAACUAAGUGGAGGUGAUGCUCCGUAACUCAACAAGUAAUCCCUGACCUAUACUAAUACCUUGAAUGGCUUUGCAUUUUCGUUUUAUUAGAAAGUACAAAUCCGAGCCUCAAUUUCUGGAAGAAGGCAAGCUUUACUUUAUGAAAAUCCUUUUCAAACAAGGCUGGGGGAUUGAAUUGAUGGACAUCGCAAUCGAGCUUCCUAAUGGGGUCACGGAAGCCCCAAUGUCUCCAGACCACCUCAGAAGAGAUGUUACAAGUAUCGAUCUUCCGGGUAAAGACUGUGUAAAAGUUGGUGACCCGCUCUACCCUGACUAUAAAAACUGUAUUGACUUCACACAAAAAGACAAGCUCGAUGGAGUCAAGAUGGUCCUGAAAGAGCUGCAGUCAAAUAUCGCCAACAC